AUGCUUUCAAGAGGACACAGGACCCUCUUACGGCAAGCGACCUGUGCCAGAAUCACGCCUGUGCGCUUUGCGCAGAAAACAACGUUUAAAUCCGACGACUCCUCUGUCGAUACUGACGAGAUACUCACAGGAAAUAAUCCUUGGUCGCCUACCCUAUAUAACGAUAUUGUAUACAUUAGAAAAGGCUUGAAAAACGUGGCUCUUCCAGAUAACUUUCGUCUCUCGUAUGAGCCACUCUACGAGGCGCCCGGAGCGAAAUACGUUGCCAUGCUUAAACGACUCACCCUUUCUUUUGGAGUGAUCGGCAUAUAUGGGGCUAAGCUUCUCUACGAGCUGGCUCAGUUUGACGAUAUUUAUGCUUUGGCGGCACUUGCAGGAACUUGGGGUCCCGCUCUUGCAGUUCAGUUCAAAACCAAGGACUACGUGACGAGAAUAUUCAGAUUGUACGACAAGACGAAGCCCCAAACGUUAGAAAAUUUGGUUUCAGACGAAAAGCUCGUGAUGGAGAAGUUGAACGCCACGGGCGGAAAGACCUACAACCAACUCUUGACUAUCUCCAACAACAAAUCGUUGAAGCUAUGUCCAACGACAAAUGACAUUGUUCCCUACAGAUCGUGGCAGGAGGACUACGACGGGCACAAGCGGUACUUUUACGUUGCAGAUAACGUCGGUGGAAUGAAGAUGGACAGAAUAUGGGGCAUAAUAGAGCACAACUCGGGGGUCGACAACGGAAGGUUUAUGAGCAUUCCUGAGAAUAGCUGA